GAGAACUGGGUAUAUAAAGACCCAGGGCUGCAUCAGGUAGGCAGGUAGUCUGUGGGUUACAGGAAAAUGACUGCCAUUACUCUUGUCCUCCUCGCUGUUGUUCUAACAGCGAGGGAAUUUGCCUACGGUCAGCAGUGGCAGGAUAUUUACAUCACAGAAGCAAGAAAAGGAAUGGCAGACUUUAAGAAGAAGCAAAAUGAGAUCCUGGAGGUACUCAACGGAUUUGAAGACCUUCAGCAGAAGCAGAAUGACAUACUGGCGAAGCUCUCAGGAUAUGGAGACCUUCAGCAGAAACAGAACGACAUACUAGCGAAGCUCUCAGAAAUGCAGAAGAAGCUGGGCUAUGUGGAGAGCAAUCUUGAAGAACUUCAUCGUGACCUGGAACUCGUGAAAGGUGCAGUGAACAACACCCAGAACUCCUUGCAAAGUGCAGUGAACAGCAACCAGGACUCCUUGCAAAAUAUCUCGGCGAAACUGGAGACAUUAGAAGAGAUCCAUCAGGAAACCAAAGGCUGCCUCGGAAGGGAGGACUUGGAACACUUCAAGAACAUAUCAUCAGCUGGACUACAAGAACUGGAUUCUUUCCUUCACCAGGAAAUAUCUGGUGUCAUCUCUUUGUUGGAGACUGGAGGAAUAGAUGAGUGCUCAGAGGGAAGCCACAACUGCACUAAUUAUGAAGCUUGCGCUGACAAGCUAUUCAAAUAUCAAUGUUCCUGUUUUCCCGGAUUUGCACGGGAUGGUUCGCGCUGUGAAGACGUGGACGAAUGUGCCCAAGGGAAGGACGAGUGCAGCCCCCUGGCAACAUGCAGGAACUCGGUCGGGAGUUACAGCUGCUCCUGCAACCCACCUUCUGAGGGAGAUGGGCAAUCCUGUUCCUGCCCUCCUGGAUUUGCACAGAAGGGUUCAAAUUGUGAAGACAUCGACGAGUGCGCCCAAGGGAAGGCAGAGUGCAGCCUCAAGGCGACCUGCAGGAACUCCAUCGGGAGUUACAGCUGCUCCUGCAACCCACCUUUCGAGGGAGAUGGACGAACAUGUGAGUUCCCGUGCGAAAGCCAGGCCGAGUACCUCGAGGGUCUGAGAUGCGUGAAGUUUGUGAAGGAAUGGAAGACCUUUGAGGAGAUGAACGCCACUUGCCACCAGGCAGGUGGUCGAUUCCUUCAGGACUUCUCCGUUGAACGUUUACAGGAAGUUGGUUGGGCUUUUAGUUAUAGAGGAGGAUGGAUAGGCGUCCAAGAAGGGAAAUGGCUGGAGAGUGGACGCCCUCUACAAGAGGAGCUUUGGACGGAAUAUUCCCAGCGAUCAGACCCUUCCGGGAGGAAAGGGCUUUGUGGCUUCAUUUAUAGCGAUCGUUCUUCUUUUUCUUACAAAGUGGGUCAAAUUGAUUGUUCUGUUAAGAGACGGGGUUACUGCCAGUUCAUAAACCCAGUCAACAUGAGUCAGUCAACAUGAGGCUGAUCUUGUGUGGGGAGGAGGAGGCAGAAUAAUAAUAAUAAUAAUAAUAAUAAUAAUAAUAAUAAUAAUAAUAAUAAUAAUAAUAAUAAUAAUAAUAAUAAUAAUAAUAUCACUAAAUCAAUACUCCUUCCUUCUUUGACAACAAAUUAUCGUAUGUUAUAAUAUUCAUUCAUUUAGACUCUGUUGCUUUUCAUUGAUGCUGUUCUUCUGUGUAAACCUCCUCUGAGGAUAUAUUGAUAAUAAUAAUAAUUAAUAAUGCUUUAGUGCUUUGCAAAGGUUAGUUCAUAUAUAGAUAGCCAUAACCUUUCAUUAUACACUUUGCGAUUAUGAUGGGAUAUGUUUGGCAUAAAACAGAAUUGUUAUAAUUCUCUUCAACGUGACAUUUCAACAAUAUACUAUGCAUGUUCUUUCAGCAGCACUUGUUCUU